CGUGCGCCCGGCAGCGUUUGACUGGGGCUGAGCUUGGUUUGACGAGACGCUCGGACCCGCCUGAUAACGGAGAGCCUUUUCAAGGGCGAAGGAACGUGUGUAUGCAUGGAUUCGACCUGCUUUAACACAGCGCAGCGCCAUUCGUGUCAGAUGAUGAAUCCGGAUUUGUUCAAGCCGCCUGCGGAUCUCCGCCAAGCAGGUCAGCCAUCUAAACCCAACCGGAGUAAAACCGAGCAAAUCAGACCCGAACUGGCGCAGCUGGUGGUUGACACGAAGACUGGAAGAUCGUACUCCAAAGGAAAACUUCUGGGAAAGGGUGGGUUUGCGCGUUGCUAUGAAAUGACAGAUCUUGCCAACAACAAGAUGUAUGCUGUGAAGGUGAUACCACAAAGCAGAGUGUCGAAGCCACAUCAGAGAGACAAGAUAACGAAUGAAAUCGAGCUUCACAAGACACUCCAGCACAAACACGUGGUGAAGUUUUCCCAUCACUUUGAAGACCAGGACAACAUCUACAUCUUUCUGGAGCUCUGCAGCAGAAAGUCGCUGGCACACAUUUGGAAAGCACGGCACACCCUCACGGACCCUGAAGUGCGCUACUACCUCAGACAGAUCAUAUCGGGCCUCAAGUACCUCCACAGUAAAGGAAUCCUCCACAGAGACCUCAAACUAGGAAAUUUCUUUGUGAAUGAGAAUAUGGAAUUGAGAUUGGGAGAUUUUGGACUAGCUGCAAAGCUGGAGACUGUUGAACAGAGAAAAAAAACCAUCUGCGGAACACCAAACUAUCUGGCACCAGAAGUACUGAACCGACAGGGCCAUGGUACGGAAUCUGACGUCUGGUCCUUGGGUUGUGUCAUGUACACGCUCCUGUGUGGAAACCCCCCUUUUGAAACCUUAGACCUGAAGGAGACGUACAAGUGUAUUAAAGAAGUGAGAUACAGUCUUCCACCAUCGCUCUCACCUGCAGCGCAGAAGUUGAUCUCCGCAGUCCUGCAGAAAAACCCCAGUGAUCGCCUUACUCUAGACCAGAUUCUGGCCCAUGAGUACUUCAGUAAGGGCUUCACCCCCGACAAACUUCCCCCCAGCGCCUGUGUAAUGGUUCCUGAACUCAACCCGCCGAGUCCUGCCAAGAAGUUCUUCACCAAGAUGGCAAAGAGUCUCUUUGGCAAGAAAAAAUCCAAAGUGGAGAAGAACCCCACCGAGGAGAAGGAGGACAUCUCCAAGCUUGUAUCAGGCAUGAUGAAGCACUCAAUCAGUCGACAGAUCAGCUACAAGACAGUGGGAGUAAAUGAGACUACGUCUCCCGCCGGUCAGUUGGCCAGUUCGGGGCCUCUGGACACACCGGCCGAGGAAGAGUCGAGGAAGUCGGUGUCUCGUUCCUUCAAAGGCACUGUGGCCAGCAGCACUGAGGUCUGUGAAGAUGCUCUGACCCCCGCUGCUGUGGCAGAGGCUGCCAUGAAUGCGCUCAACAGCUGCUUGUCCACCAUGCCAGCAGCAUCAAAGAAUCCUCCAUGUCUGGUUAAACCCAAGCCUUUCGUUUGGGUGACGAAGUGGGUGGACUAUUCCAACAAGUACGGCUUCGGCUACCAGCUCUCCAAUCAGAACGUGGGCGUCCUCUUCAACGAAGGCACUCACCUCAGCCUGUGUGACCAGCGCAGGACCGUUCAUUACUGUUUGACGAACAACAAACACUUCACCUUCCAAGCCAACGCACUGCCCGAACAGCUGCAGAACCAGAAGCACAUUGUGGAACUGAUGGCUAACUACAUGGAGCAGAAUCUCAUGGAGGGUGGAGAUCUGGGCUGUGACGAGCGACCCUCCCCUGGUGCGUGUCCCCUGCUCCUGCAGUGGAUGAAGACGGAUCAUGCCUUAGUCAUGCUUUUCAACAACGGUUCCCUGCAGGUGAACUUUUACACGGACCACACCAAGGUCAUCCUGUCCAAGUUGUCGGACUCCUACGUGCUGACGUACAUCAGCAGGGAGCGGCUGUCAUCCUCGUACCCGCUGAGCGUCCUGGGUGAGCGCGGGAGCUCCCCUGAGCUCCGGCAUCGGCUACGCUACGUCACGCAGCUGCUGCAGCACUACGCCAGCGCGUAAACGGACGGUGCUCCCUCUCCCGACCACGCAUGCACACGUGCAUGCACGCACGGGACUUUACCGAAGGCUGCCCUCGCAUUGGGGCAGUGGAACCUGCUCCGGCAACCAGGCCAGGACUGCUGUCUCUACAUACUGUGGUGGACUGCUGCUGUCUUGGAUACUCUGUUCCGUUCUGCAGACCUGAGCCUCCACCCACACCACCAGCUUAACUUCAUGCUGCACGGGGGAGAGCCGGAGCACUGGGCCUAUUCCUAUUGGCUGGACUGGUGCCAUGGGUGGAAAAGGAGGGGUGGGGGGGGGGCAGAAGCAGUGCAGGGUGGGGGCCCCCCCCCCACUCUGAACUGAUCCCAGAGCUGUGAGUUUGGCUUUUUAAGCUUUGAAUCAAUAGCCUUCCUUUUUCGCUCCCUCUUUUUAAAUGGACUUCUUCUUUUUCUUUUUUUUUUUCUUUUUUUCUUUUUUUAAAAUUCACUAAACCCUGCACGUCUGACCUGGAGAGCUGGAGUUUCAAAAGGGUGGUCCUUAUUGUUACGUUAUGAUUUAUUUAUUAUUUUUUAUUAUUAUUGGUUCGUUUCAAAGCUGGCAGCAGAGGGCUGAAGGAGGCGCCUGGCCCAACUGUAGCUGACCAUGAGGACUGAUGUGGAGUAAAGUGCCUUUCGGAGGGACGUGUCUGGGUUGUGCAAUAAAGGCCCUCUGAGUCUCGAGCUCAAAUAACCAAGAGGAUCAGACAGAGGGUGUACAGAGGAGCCAUUCCUUCUGUGAUGGAGCUCUUCUGUGUGGGGAGCACUACAAACACAGCUGGUAUAAGCUUGUGCCUGGGAAAAGGUAUUAUUCUCCCAUAAUACCUCUGUCUGUAAGAGGAGGGUUUAAAAAAAAGUGUAUUUAAUUUGUGCCUCGAACACUGUUUACUUCAUACCCUCUCCAAACAUAUGAUCUUGUCCUUAAUACUGUGACUGUAAAGUGUUAAACAAGUACUGUGU